AUGACUUCACUCAACUUUGAUAGCCUUCCUCCGUCCGUGGCUGCAGAGAGUCAAUUAUUGGAUCAAACACCCCGAUCUGCAGUCUCGGACCAAUCAUUCAACAAGAGGAAUUUUGGAAAUAAUAAUCACGGCCUAACGAGCAAACAAUCAACCUUACCUGAGAGUAUUGAUUUCGGAGAAGAACCAACCUCAGCAAUCGUAGUAUCUGAUGAUGAUAAUUUCAAUCGUAAUCGCAACAACACUGAGAAGAAGGGCAAAAACACAGAUGAUGAGGAGAUGGAAUUUCGGUUUUCUCAAUAUCAAGAUGAUGAUGAGGAUCAACAGGAAAAUGUUACUUCUGACACAGAAAAUAAUAAUCAACAACAAUCACCUCCUUUGAUUUUAUCUUCUCAAGAGAGUGAAGCUACUGCUACCAACGAUUAUCCUUCUACGCAAGAGCAAGCUGAAUCUGAUCAUGCUGAGGAAUCGUCAAAAACUAAAGAAGCAACAACACCAAAUUUUUCAUUAUCGGACGAUGACAAUGCAUCUCACAGAAAGUAUUCACUUCGAAAAACACCUGUUAGAAAAUAUCAAGAAACCAAACGUAAAAAGAAGCAAUUGAAAAAAAAGCAAGAAGAACAAAUCAGCGAUGAUGACAUUGUUGAAAACAUCACAUAUCUAAGUGACGAAAUUCCAGACGAGUAUAUUAUGCCAGCAAAGAAACGAGAAGAAACUGAAGAAGAACGACAAGAACGCCUCCAGUUAGAAAAGCAGAAAAAACAAGAAGAACUAAAACAAAGAAAAAAGAGACUGGAGGCACUAUCGAAUUCGGUAGGAAAGAGAAACAAACACAAAUCCAUAUACAUUUCUGAGGAUGAGGACGACGAUUCCUCGAUAAGAGGUAGCAGCGGAAAGCGCAAAGGUUUAUUUGAUGAAGAGGAGCUUUUCUCUCAACCCUCUUCUCAAGAAGAGGAAGUUACAUUUUCCUCACCAAGAAAAAGACUAAAGAAAAAGAAGGAAUCACCUCCUUCGUCACCUUUACAAUUUGACGCUGAAGAUGAUGACAGCGACCAGCUUAGUGAGCUAGAAAAAGAGGUCACCAAGUACAAUCCACUCUUAUCAAAGAACAAGAAGAGGCAACUCAAAUUUAGAACGGAGAAACAACCCAGAUCAAGAAAAAAUAAGGAUGAAGACGAAGACGAAAUUGAGGAAUCUGAAUCUCAACCAGGAAUGAUGACAAUGAGUCAGUUCAUUGUCAGUGAGGAUGAAAUGAUGGAAGACAACGAUGACGGAGAAGACAGUGAUCAACAAGAAUCCAACUACUCGAGAAGUGUUUACAGACAAGUAGACAUGAUACAAAACAAUCAAGAUUCACAAGAAAUACUGUCGUUCCUAACUGGAGAAACUCGAUUGACCACAGAUUUGAAGAGUUCAUUUACUACCUAUAUCCACUUUUUAACAAGUCAUUUAUUAGAUGAAGACUUUAUCAAAUCGUUAACAUCAAUCAAGUACAGAUCCAAGUUCAGUAGCGCUGUCAAAAUGGUUGAAGGGAAAUUAGCAACCAUGAAAGAUAGCUUACUUUUUAGCUCGGCGUGGAAAAAGAGGCACAAAGAUUUGCUUCAGUACUAUCCCAUCAUUAAGGCACGUGAAAUCUCAUUGAAAGAUACUGAAAUUAAGGAAGAUAAUAACUUUUGUCAAGCAUGUGGACGAAAGAACCAUCAAGCAGAGUAUUGUUUGAUUUUCAAGCCUCCAAGAGCAACGAUAAAAUAUGAGUUUAAUUCAGGAGCAAAUAUUGAAUGGAUUGACUCUCCGAACGAAGAUGAAGAAGAUGAUGUUAUUCAAUUAUCACAAAGAAGAGCAACAUCCAAAAAGUCAAAACCUCAUUUCCUCACUCAAAAAGAGAAGAGCUUUGUUGGUUCUACCUGCUACAAACGAUCAUUGCUUUAUCACAGUUUCCAACACUACAAGUUUCAUCUCAUUCAACACAUUAUUUCCAAAAUUGACAAAAUUGCUCAAAGUUAUACUGGUGAGGAAGAAAUCACAAGCGACUACAUCUUGGAAAAGAUUCUUUCAAAAAAGAGCUGGAUUGAUGGCAUGUUUAGAAAAUACAUCAAGCUCACAGAAGAAGCUGAAGCAAGUUAUGCAAAUUCUAAAGAGACAGGAGUUAUUGAUGUUGUAGAUGAAUUAUUUGAUGUUUAUGACUCUGAGGAAGAAGUAAAGGAUGAUAACAACUCUGACGGAGAUGCUGAAGGAUUUAUUGUGACAAACACGAGUGGUGGAUUGAGAUUGAAGAGAAAGAAGCCAAAAACUGACAGCGAAGAAGAUGAAAAUGAUCCUAACUUGGUCACAAAUGAUUCACAACAAGAGGAAGGGCCACGUUCUAAACAAACAAAGACUAAAUCAAGCAGACAAGAUGAAGAAAGUGACGGUGUUGUGUUCGAUGUUGAGGACGAUCCUCCACAAUCGCCUUCUCCACCUGAUAAGACAGCAAAAAAUCCUAACAACAAGGAGGAGGAAGAUUUUUCAAAAUUGAUCGAUGUUUCAUCUGAUGAUGAUGACAUAUUUGACAUAACAAUUUAA